AUGGCGCCAUACAAAGACGAUCAUUACCUGAUUGUGCAGCCCGGUUCCCAGAACACGCUGGUUUUGUUUGGAUUGGAAGAAUCCUUGACCCCACCAACGUUCUCGAUUCCGACCAAGGUGUACAGAGAUGCGAACAAGCCGGAUUAUUUUCAUACAUCAUCGGAAGAUGAGUCCUUGGCAGUUUAUCCAAUAGUGAAAGGUGAGAUUGUGGACAUUGCUGCGUUUAACUUCUUCCUCAGGGUGAUUGUCAAAGGGAUUUUGAAGUCACACCCAACGCUGCUGCUAAACCAGAUUGCGCUUGUGCUCUUGGCAUCUAACAAAUGGUCCAGAAUCGCCAUCGAGACGAUAACACAAUACGUUUUCGAAACUCUUCUUCUUACAGCUUUUCAAGUGGUGCCAUUGGCAUUGGGGGGCUUUUACGCGUACGGUGGAAACAUCAACAACAGCGUGGUCGUUGAUGUUGGUUACGAGAAGAGCGAAAUCACUCCAAUUAUAGACUACCAGAUUGUGAAGAGUGCAAGUGUGUAUGUUUCAAUUGGUGGAAGUUCGAUUAACGAGAAACUUGGCAAGUUAUUACCCAAGCUGUCUGCUGAGACGAUCGAAGCUUUGAAGAAAUCUCAGAUUUUUGAGGUUUUGAAUGAGGAAGACGCCAAAAACUCCUUUUUUGGCACGGACGGACUUGCUGACGCGAAUCCUGAAGAUGAGGGAGUGUUGGAUAUUGCGGCGAUUGUAACGAGUGAAAAGUCCACCAGGGAGAUUCUUGCCGAGAAGGAAAGAGAGAAGAAGAAGGGAGGGGCUAAGGCCGAGGCACCCAAAUCCAACUCCGAGCUCGAGAAGAACAUCUUCAUAGAUGCGGAUGGAACAGAGGUUGAGAUUGGGAAAGAACGUUUCCAAGGAUCUACGGAGCUGAUCGAGUCCCUGGUGGAUGGCAUAUAUACGGCUCUCUCAAAGAUUCAAGACUCAGCCAAGAGACAGGACUGCUACGACAACAUCAUCCUGACAGGUGCCACUUCGAAAAUUGCAGGUUUCCGCGAAGAGCUGUUAUUCAAGCUGCUGGUUACCUAUAGACUCAACUCAGUGGCCCCUGUGGCUGGCCAAUCGCAGGCAUUCAGAAACGAGUAUUCUACUACUUCUACAGCCCUAUCGCAAGUUCCUCAGCAUGCCAAGUUUGUCAAGUUCCCAGAAUAUUUCUCUGAAUGGAAACGCAAUCACGAAGAUGCCGCAUUUCUCGGUGGUCAAAUUAUAGCCAAACAGAUAUUUGGUCACGGUAACUCGGGAGAUUUCUUCUUUGCCAAAGACGAUUAUCUAGAAAAGGGUCCGCUCGGUAUUUGGCAAUAUUCUUUUUAG